AGUAUCGUUGUCAAACCUCGGAGGGCGUGACCCACCCAUGGAGACAAGCGAAGCUACUUGCUCAUCUCAUCGUCGGCAGUCUCUCCUCCCACGGCCUCCUAUAUGAACACCACCCAUUUCACACCUCUGUACCUCGUCGACCUCCCCCUCCAAUGGCUUCCACAAUAUUACUAUAUCUUCUGUGCUAAGCAAUUCCCAAAAGCUUCCCUCCCUGCUCGCAUUCUUCCCCCGAGACGCAGAUUGAUUCAAUAUCGCACCAGACACGCGUUGUCCAGAGGUGGGUUCCCCUUCCUCGGAUUCACCGAAUCUCUCUUCCUCCUCAGUAAAUCCCCAUUCACGAAUCAUGGGUUGAUCUUACAUUUACUGCCCAAAUCGGCAUUUUUAAGCUUAAUCUCCGAGGAAUUGUGGAUUCCCCGUGAUGGGUGUGAAGAUCUUCGUGUCAAGUAGGAACCUUUACCUGGUUUUGCUGAACGUCUCGUUCGUUGUUCUGUCAUGGGGGUUCUUGUUCAUCACCUUUCAUCCUAAAAAUCAAUCAUCUGCGGAUGUCCUUUUCCUCGGCAGGAGUAAUCCUCCAUUGAGUAACAGUACUGGUAAUGGUAGCAGUGAUAGCUGCGAGCCGUUGCGGAGCUUAGAUGGCUACAAGGCUAAGUGCCAUUACCUUAAAUCCAACAGGCCCUGCGUGUCUCAGGGCUAUGUUAACUACCUCUACCUGUUUUACUGCAAAUUUGGUGAAUCUCCAUAUUUGGGGUAUGCCCUCUUCAUCCUUUGGCUGCUUGUCCUGUUCUAUCUCCUGGGGAACACGGCCUCCGAGUACUUCUGCUCGUCACUCGAGAGCUUGUCCAAGCUCCUGAAGCUGUCCCCGCCGAUUGCCGGGGUCACCCUGCUCUCGCUCGGAAAUGGUGCCCCAGAUGUCUUCUCGAGCCUCGUGUCCUUCAUGGGCAGCGGGACCCAGGACAUGGGGCUCAACACGGUGCUCGGUGGAGCCGCCUUCGUGUCCUGCGUCGUGGUUGGGACCAUAAGCUUCUUGGUUCGGGGCAGGAACUUUCAAAUCAACAAACCUGCUUUCGUGAGGGAUGUGCUGUUCUUUCUUCUAGUCCUCGUGUUUCUGCUUGUGAUAUUGAUUAACGGGGAGAUAAAUGUUUGGGGUGCAAUGGGAUUCUCUUUGAUGUAUGUAGUUUAUGUCGUGCUUGUCUAUGUAUCGCACUACCACUGGGGGAGCGAACGGGAUGAAAGGGAAGGGGAUGCCAUUUCUGGUAACGGGUGUGUUGACGAGCUGAGUAUCCCAAUAUUAGAUGGAGUGCAAGAGAAGGGAGAUAUUAUUGCUUUGGAUGAUGUCAACCCCGAAGAUGGGAAUCGAGUGAGAGUGGAAGUCGAGAUCGAGAAGUGCUUUAGGACUGAUCCUCCGUCCUCCUGUGAUUGGUUGGUUUUCUUCCUUCAAUUGCCACUGUAUUUGCCCCGGAGACUGACUAUUCCCGUUGUAAGCGAAGAGAGAUGGUCUAAACCUUAUGCAAUUGCCUCGGCAACUUUGGCUCCAAUUCUCCUCUGUGCACUUUGGAACUUUCAAGACCAAAAUAUGUCAAUCAGCACCGGUUUUGUGGUAUAUGGAUUUGGGAUUGCAAUCGGGAUUGCUUUGGGAGUUGUCACUCUCUUCACCACUGAGACCUCGAAUCCACCAAAGAAGUGCCUUCUUCCAUGGCUUAUCGGAGGCUUCCUGAUGAGCAUCACAUGGAGUUACAUCAUAGCUCAAGAACUAGUCGGUCUAUUAGUCUCACUCGGUUACAUUAUCGGGGUCAGCCCUUCGAUCCUAGGGCUAACUGUCCUAGCAUGGGGAAACUCGAUCGGGGAUCUGAUUACCAACAGCACAAUGGCAAUCUACGGAGGGCAGGCUGGCACCCAAGUGGCCUUGUCAGGCUGCUAUGCAGGCCCCAUCUUCAAUGCACUUUUUGGGAUGGGCUUAUCUCUGGUUGCCGCUUCUUGGUAUAAAUAUCCUUCACCUCUUGUGAUCCCGAAGGAUUCAGAACUCCUCGAAACGUUUGGGUUUCUGGUGGCUGGGCUCGUGUGGGCUCUCAUGGUUCUGCCGAGAAGAGAUAUGAGGCUCGAUGGGUUAUUGGGAGGAGGACUUAUAGCAGUGUAUUUGGUUUCUCUGUCUCUUCGCCUGAUUCAAACGCUUCUCUAGUCAUUUUCACGGUUCACGUAGAUCUUAAUUUCGACGGUUCAACCGAUGCUAAUGAAUUCUGUGUAUAGCUGUUAUUAUCGCCAUUUUGCUGUCUAGCAGUGAAUUACACAUAGGGGCUGUAUUUUUUGUUGAGGGAGUUGUUUAGUGUGUCGUGUUGUGCUCUAUUAGUUCUGUUCAGUAGGACAGACAUAAAUCAUAUGUAAUAGGAAACAUGUGUACAAAUGAAUGAAGCAGAUAAUACAGAGCUGUUCAAUUCAUGA